AUGAAAGAAAGACUGCUUGGUCUUAUUUCCUACGACCCACAGAGAAAACCAGCUGCGUUGUACCGCUUUAUUGAGGCAAUGUCACAAGCAGGUCGCUUCGAUCAAGCCGAUCACCAACCCUCUCCAACUCUUAGGCAAGUUACAAAUGCUGUGAAGCGGCUCAGGUCCAGCACGUUGGGACAUGUGAGCACGGACCAAGCACUUCGUCAAGAAUUGACGAAAUGGCUUCAGCCAGGUGGUGUCGCAGACGCAUCCGAAGGACAUCCAUUCGUGUUUGGAGUACCAUUAUUUACCGACGGAUUUCCUCAAGUCGGAGAUGGCUCAGAUUUGGACCCGUUGCGAAUUGAAUGGGACGAAGCGUCCAAGGACAUAUACCGCAUGCACACAGCCUUUGAUCGUGUGUACCUGGACUUCUUAGCAAGAAGUUUCAAGGCUAAGUGGAAUGGCAUGUCUCAAGGAGUGAGAAAGUUUCGACUGAAGUUCUUCGGAUGGUGGAUGCCCCCAACCAUGAUGGCAAACGUACCACUGAAUGACACAUCCUGCCGGUUCUGGAAAUGGCAAGUGUAUCACACGGCUCUUGGGGCUGCCACCACCAAGAAUCACAACGAACAAUUCAAUGCUGAAAUAAAAAGGGCUCUUGGGCACCAGCGCCUACGCAUGGUUCACUUGGUUCAAGUCUUGUUACGACUGCUGCGCAGCGAGUCAGACAAGGCCAUCCCAUUCUGGACCACCCCUCGGGUUGGUGAACGCCUCCUCCAACACUUCAAACAUCUCCAACGGCCGAAUGCGCUCGAUGUCAACGAGGCAAUCGAGGAUGGUCCGAAUAUUUGGAACUACAUUACUCGCCACGUCCAGCGACUCGAGUAUAAUGACCAGCCCACCAACGGGUGUCGUGUCAAGCUGACGAACGUUCAAUGCAACUGCGGCUACUGGUAUCAAUCUGGGAUCUUUUUCCAUUUGCUAGCCGUGGCGUUCAAGUUCGGUCGUCGACUUCCUGCGUUCGGGGAGGACGCACCGUCCGUGGUGGCCGCGGUGGUCGUGAAGUUCGUGGUGGUCGUCGUGGUGCCCGCGUUGGCCCAGUCAUCGCUGUUGACCUCAUUUAUCAAGAUGUAG